CGCCCCGGUGGAUACAAUGUAGGCGCUGGCGGGCGCGGCGCGGCGCGGCCCGGCCCGGCCCGGCCGCGGGCAGGAGCUGCAGCGCUCGCCAUGGAGCCGGGCACCAUCGACAACCUGUCCAUCCUCUACCAGAGCCGGGACUUCAUCGUGGUCAACAAGCACUGGGACAUCCGCAUCGACAGCAAGAUGUGGUACGAGAAGCUGACCCUGCAGAGUCAGCUGAAGUACCGGUUCCCCGAGCUCGCUGACCCGGACACCUAUUACGGCUUCAGGUUUUGCCACCAGCUCGACUUCUCCACCAGCGGGGCCCUCUGCGUGGCACUCAACAAGGCCGCGGCAGGAAGCGCCUACAAGUGUUUCAAGGAUCGGCUGGUGACCAAAGCCUAUCUUGCCCUGGUCAGGGGCCACGUGAAGCAAAGCCGAAUGACGAUCCAGUACGCCAUAGGGAAGAACACGACCGAGGGCAUGACCCACAUGAUGUGCAUCGAGGGCACGGAGGGCUGUGAAAAUCCCAAGCCUUGCCAGUCGGAGCUGAUCGUUCUCGAACACGGAUCCUACAGCGGGGAGCCCGUAACCAAAGUGCUGCUGCAGCCGCUGACAGGGCGGACACAUCAGCUCCGGGUUCACUGCAGCGCCAUCGGCCACCCCAUCGUGGGCGACUUCACCUACAGCCACAAGACGGACAGCAGUCCCUACAGGAUGAUGCUCCACGCCUACUACCUGCGCAUCCCCACCGGGAAGGAGCUCAUCGAGGUCUCUGCACCUGACCCCUUCGUGACCGCCAUGGACAGCAACUGGGUGCCUCACCACAUCGCUCACCGGCUAGAUGAGACCAUCCAGGAGCUAAAGGACAAGAUGAUCCAGAAAGGAGAAGAGGAGGAGAGCCAAAAAAAUGUGCUUAGUAGCAGAGGAGAGGAGGCACCGAGCAAAGCUGGGAGAGCGGAGACAGAGGACCAGCGAGCCAAGUGUGAGCAGUGGUUGGCGGAGUGGACUUUGGAGUGAACAGCAGAAGUUUCUGCAUUUCCAACCCAAAGCUCCAUUUUUGUCCGAGUGGGUCCUGGCCAGCCUCCCCUCCAAGCCCAGCGCUGACCACAUCUGCACUUCUUGUACACCGUAGUUUCCUUCACUUCUGGGACUGGGAUGAGACAGGUUUUAGCAGCAGCUAGGAUUGGCUUAUUUUGUAACGUCCUCAUCACCCGCCUGACCCCUCGAUGCCCCUUCCCUAACUCCACGCCUCAGCAGCAGAGUUAGCGUGUCCUGCAGCAGCUUCGAGCGCAGGUCGGACCCAGGGUGUCCCGCGCUGUCCCCGGGCUCAGGCGCGGUUGGGUGAGCACCGAGACGAGCGUCGCCAGUGGAGCGGCGGCGAUGUCCGCGGACGCGAAGCGCGAGGGUGCCGGAGCGCGCCCCGUCGAAGCGGGGGGAGAACCCGAGUCGUACGUCCUGCUGGAUGCAGCAUGGGAUCUGUUUCCCACCUUCCCACCCCUUGCUCCUGCCUGCGGGCCGGGUCCCGCUAGGGCGGGCGGCGAGUGGGGCUGCCCCACUGCGGGAGCAGAGAGGGGGCUCGGGAGGCUGCUGGCCAGUUCGGGGGCCGAGGACAGCCCAGCGGCGCCUCUCUAGGGCUGCACGGGGCAGGUUCCCGCGCGGCUUUCCUGCUGACUCGGCCGCCGGGUGUUUUCCCCGCCGAACUGAGCGGUGCGGAACAGGAGAAGUCCCCUAACUGCCGCAGAGGAUCGCUGCUUUCCCCCCGUCCUUGCCGAUUUCCUGGCUGCAGCAGCCCACGUGUAUUUUUUUAAAGCUUUGUUGAAGAUGAGUGUAUUAAUACUAAUAGAUUUUAAACUUUUUCCAAAUUUCUAUGAAGAGAAUCUAGUCUUUUAGCAGUUCUGAAAUACUGAUGGCCUCGGAAAUGCAUGUAUUUUUAGUACUUGUACCCGAAAUAGCCAGCAUCGCUAAGCUAUUUUUAAUAGAUCUGAUUAUUCUUUCUACUAAUACCUCCUUUUCUUAACACGCGCUUUUAUCCUGGAUACGAACGCAACCCCUGCCGGGGCGGGAUCAGAAGGUAAAAGCCUGUUUCUGCUUUUCCUUUAUGUCGGGGAACAAGGAUCAUGUUUUUGUCCCUCGCUAGCAGGGUGCUAGCACUAGAUGGAGCUGGAGACAGGUCUUCUGGUUAGGCAGUUUACUGGGGCUCCGGCGGGGUGCGAGCAGGCGGAGCAGGCUGAAGCUGCUCGAAACGCCGACGGCCCGCGGGCGGCCGGGAGGAAGCUCGAGUUUCGGGCUGGAGCUCGGCGUUGCAGCACGCAGCCAAAACUCGGUCUGAGAAUUUCCCUGCUUCGCCAGUCCACUCCGUGCUGCCCUUGCGCUCUGGUUUCCACCUCGCUUCUCCUCUGCAGCCCUUAGAGGAAGUUUUGAAAAUAAAAAAAUGGCUGGAGUGGGAUUAUGAGAAACAGCCCUGAGGCUGCCGAAGGACGUCGGUGACCGCGGCCCCCUGACGCGUGCUGCCACGUGGCGCUUGGUGGGGAGCUCGGCUGCGGCUCUGGCGCCCCAGUUUUUGUGCCAUUAGUUGCUCCGCAGGUCGCGGCCUCGGCUGGCACCGACGCGCGUGCGCCAGGCGCCGGUCACCCGGACGGUGGCGGCCGGGAAGCCCCUGCCGGGACCGCUGGAGGAACCCCGCACCCAUCUCAGCCUUCACGUAUUGCACUUUUUAUCCCACCUUGCAGGAACUGGAGAUAAAAUGUAUAUUUUCCGUAUCUUGGAGCGAGGUAUUUUACGGUAGCCCUUCGCCCUGCUUUCCCUUUGUGCUGGCGUGCAGCGUUGCUCCGUCCUGAUCAUGUAAUUCCUUCCACCAGAUAAUUCGCUGUGUCUUGCAUGAAUGCACCUGUGUUUUGGGGGGUUGUGAGUGGCGUGUUGUGGCGUUCUGUGCAUCUGGGAGUAAUCCUUAUUUACGGCUGCACGUUUGUGGACGUUACUGGAGUAAAUCAUUACACGUGUGUACUGCA